AAUAUAUUCUUUAAUUAUCUAUUUUAUUAAUUACAAAUAAUAGUGUUAAUUAGCAGUAUAUAAUGUUUACAAACGAUUAUGUCAAAUCUCCUUAUUUUUUUGACACAUUAUACGUCAGGCAUCGUUCAUUUGUUUUUGUCGUUUUCAAAAUUUUAUUAAAUCCAUACGUUUUUCAAAAAAUAUACUUUAAUAAAUAUUAAAACAUGAGUUCCCCACUAAACAAUAAAUUAUGUCAGGCAGGAACUACUACAGAUCUUGUAAGUAGUGACAAAGUGGUUCAGGAUAUUUUGAAUACAUUUACAGAUUUGAGACAUUAUUCUAGAGAAAUUGAAAAUGAACUCAAAAGUACUGAAAAUCAAUCUAUUAAGGUAUACAUGAAAGAGAGCGAAAAUAUAGCCAGUCUUCAUAGUCAAAUAUCCGCUUGUGAUCAAAUUUUAGCACGAAUGGAAAAUAUGCUUUUGGAUUUUCAAAAUGAUCUAGGUAGUAUUAGCUCAGAGAUAUUAACAUUACAGAAGAAGUCUAUUUCUAUGAGUCAGGAAUUAACGAACCGACAGGCAAUAAGAGGACAACUCAGCCAAUUCAUUGAUGAUAUUAAAGUACCUGAAACUUUGAUAGUAGGCAUAAUGGACCUGCAUGUAGCAGAUAAAGAAUUUUUAACACAGCUGCAAAUCCUGAACCACAAAAUAAGUUUUAUCAAAGAACAAAGCUUUAAAGAUACGAAAUCGUGUCAGGAUGUGAAGGAUAUUCUAGAAAAACUUCGAAAUAAGGCUAUGUCAAAAAUUCGGACUUAUUUAUUGGAGCAAAUUUCAAAAUUUCGGAAACCUAUGACAAAUUAUCAAAUUCCACAAAAUAAUUUGUUAAAAAACAAAGGCCAUUACGAAUUUUUGCUGUCUAAUGAAAGAAAUAUAGCUGAAGAAAUUGUCCAUGAAUAUGUGGAUACUAUGAGUAAAAUCUAUUACUCUUAUUUCAAAUCAUAUGAGAGUAGAAUAAUGAAAUUGCAGUAUGAGGAAAAUAUUACUGCUGAUGAUUUGAUGGGAAUAGAGGAUACAGCAACGAGAAGCAUGUUUAAUAAAUCUCUUAAACACAAGACAACAGUAUUUUCAAUUGGAAAUAGGGGAGAUGUUUUAGCACAACAACUUGAAGCACCUAUUAUUGUGCCCCAUGCUGAAACCAAAAAUAAGUUUCCAUUUGAAUCUUUAUUCAGAAGUGUCCAAUAUGCACUUGUAGACAAUGCUUGCAGAGAGUACUUAUUUGUUAGUGAAUACUUUAUGGUUAAAAAUCAAGCUUCUCUAGAUUUGUUUAACAAAAUAAUGGACAAAACACUAAUUCUACUUCAGAAAAACCUUAAAACCUACAUUUCUUCAUGUUACGAUUCAAUUUCUUUGUUUUUGUGUUACCAUUUGGUAUUAAGAUACAAAAUAAUGUGUCACAAACGUUGUGUACCAGCCCUGGACCUGCAUUGGGAUAUUCUGGAAAAUUUUUUGCUUCCCAGAUUUGAACAUAUUGUCCAAUUGAACAUCAAGAGUAUCAGGGACUGCGACGUUACUAAAUUCAACCUCGAAUUGGGUCCCCAUUAUAUUGCAAGAAGAUAUGCAGAAUUUAGCGCUGCCCUAGUGAGCAUUAGCGAAAACUUCCCUAAUGAAUUGGUCAACAAACUUUUAGCAGAACUUCAAGAAGAAGUGGAAAUGUUCAUUCUUCGCAUGGCAGGAGCUUUUACUGAUCGCAAAGACCAAUUGAUUUUCCUUAUUAAUAAUUACGACAUGAUUUUGAGCAUAAUAAUGGAGAGAACCCGAGACAAUUCCAAAGAAGCGGAAGUGUUUAAAUCGAGAUUAGGAUCAAAAAGUGGAGAAUAUGCAGAGCAGAUAUUAUUCCCACAUUUUGGAGAGUUGAUACAAUAUGUUAAAGAAUGCGAGCAUUAUUUUGAAAACGCAAAAGUCAAAGAACUGAAAGCUUUAGAACCCAAAUCGGCAGAUAUAUCCCAAAAUUUCAACAACAAUUGGAAGAAAUCUCUAGAAGAUCUGAAUCGUGAAGUGCUACUAUCGUUUCCUAAUUUAGUAACCGGGUCGAGCCUUCUUCAAUUAGCUCUUACCCAACUAGUGCAAUACUACCACAGGUUCCACAAACUUUUAACCCCACCUGUACGAUCUCAACUCGUUAAUAUUCAUCUCAUUAUGGUUGAAAUGAAGAAAUAUAAGACUUCGUUUUAAAAUUUACAGUAUACUGUAUUUAAUACCGAUA